UGUACUUUUGUGAGGACGUGUCACUGGACAAUGAGGCUUGUUCGUGGUUUGUUGUUGGUGCUGCUCAGUCUGUGUGGGCCAGGGGCUCGGGGGGAGGGUUUCGCCAAGGUGGGUGAGAUCAGAGAGUUUCAGGAGACAGCUCCAGGAGACACAGCUGACGAAUCGAUCGGGCUGACCACGAAGCAAACCACCCCUGACAUCUGGGCGGAGGUCAGGGCUCUGAGACACAUGGUGGUGGUGCUUAGGGUGCACCUUCAGCUGCUGCAGAGAGAGAAUUCUGUCCAAGAAACUCGACUGACUGCUGCCGAGAGCAAAACCAGCGACCUAGAAAGACAGAAUGCAGACUUACAGACCAGAAUGAGCAGCGGUGAGAGUGAACUUCUCGUUAGCAAGUCCAUGAUUGACCAGCUGGAGAGAGAAAAUGCAGAGAAACCAAAGGUGGCCUUUUACACAGCUCUUACUGAUGCAGGAUAUGUUGGACCACACAACACAGACAUCACACUGAAAUACAGCAAAGUCUUCACCAACAUUGGCAGUGCUUACAGUCCAGCUACAGGUUUCUUCACAGCACCAGUCAAAGGGGUCUACUAUAUCCAGUUCACUGUGUGUGGUAACCACACAGGUCUUAUGGGUGUUUAUGUGUACAAGAACAACCAAAGGAUCAUGUUUAACGUGGAGUGGAAGGAAGAUAGACUUUACAAGUAUUUCACUAACUCUGCUGUCUUGGAGCUGAUGGCAGGAGACGAAAUCCACCUGGUUCUCCCAUCAACCUAUUCUCUCUAUGACGAUAGAGAUAACCACAACACCUUCAGUGGCACCCUUCUCUUCCCACUGUAAGCAUGUCGUUUAGGCUGCUGUGCGAUUCAUUUGUCACAAACCCUGUUGUUAUUGGCUACACUGAUUAUGAAGCUGACUUGCUUUUUGUGUCAUCACAUGAAAACAUUUAAAUGAAUUUAAAAAAGUGAUUAUAUUCAUAUAGAAACAUGAACUCCACUGAUGUUCAAAUACUAAAACUGUUUAACGGUUCACACUAAUAAAUG